AGAAAAAAAAGAGCCAACCAGGAUUAAAAAAAGAAAAUGUCAUGGGUGGCAAGCAAGGAAACGUCACAUGUGACAUCGGAUGGGAAGCAACCUAGCUGGAAGACCGAUCUGAUUAUCUCCUGCCAUGGCGGCUUUGAGAAUUUAGAGACUGAAAUAUCAGAAGGGGAGUUGCUUUCCGAGCUAGUUUCUGUGCUGAAAAAUUCUAGGGCGAAAUAUACAAUUCUUUAUGCUUCCCAGCCCUAUGAUUUGCUGGAGAGCCCUUCCAAUCUGCCAUUAGCGAGGUAUCUUGCAGAGAAGACCAACACUACUACCAGAGCUGGCCUAGGCAAAUGCGAUGGAGUGCCAAGUAAAAUCAGUCUUCUGGAGGGAACUUUUGUUGGUUUAGUGCUGCUGAUCAUCUUGAUCUCAGGACUCUGCUGCAUGAUGGGAAUUGAUACCCCCUCAAGGUUCGACGCUCCCCAGGACUAGUAAUCUCAAUGCUGAUCCUACCUUUAAGCACGUAUGAGUCAGAAGAUCAAGGCGGGGAUGAGAAAUAUCAAUCGGCAAUGUUCGUUAGAGUGCGCUGUGGAUAUAGUUGCGUCGUGGUCAAAUUUUAGUGAAAUAUUAUUGCAUUCCAAACUUACAACUGACCGCAAAGAUGUAGCUUGUCUGAGAACAUGUCCUCAUGCAAGUCUUGUGUUGUACUCGCUCCGAUCCUAAAUUCUUGUCGCGAGUUUAGUUCAAAUUUGUACUAAGACCACGACAACAAUUUAGGAUGGGAGAGAGUACUAGUUAGCAUUGUUGCUUCAGUUGUUUUCUGUGAAUAACGUGGGAUUCAGGUAGCCAAUAGCAUGGCGUUGUCCUGUGAUCAGUAAAAAUCAACUUGUUCAUGUACUCAUUCGAUGUUCGCAGGUAUAAGCAAAUGAUGUCAUCUAUGAACGGUUUAGUUACUGUCAGGUUCCUGUGGUUUUUGCU